UUGUCCCCGAGUCCUAGAUCGUCACCAUGUCGGAAACCGCUCCUGCCGCGCCCGCCGCUGCCACCCCUGCGGAGAAGGCCCCUGUGAAGAAGAAGGCGGCCAAGAAGUCUGCGGGGGUGCGUCGUAAGGCGUCGGGUCCCCCGGUGUCCGAGCUCAUCACCAAGGCCGUGGGCGCCUCCAAGGAGCGCAGCGGCGUGUCGCUGGCCGCGCUCAAGAAGGCGCUGGCGGCCGCCGGCUACGACGUGGACAAGAACAACAGCCGCAUCAAGCUGGGUCUUAAGGCCCUGGUGAGCAAGGGCACCCUGGUGCAGACCAAGGGCACCGGCGCUUCGGGCUCCUUCAAGCUCAACAAGAAGGCGGCCUCCGGGGAGGCCAAGCCCAAACCCAAGAGGGCGGGCGCCGCCAAGCCCAGGAAGGCUGCUGGGGCGGCCAAGAAGCCCAAGAAGGCCGCGGGCUCGGCCACCCCCAAGAAAAGCGCCAAGAAGACCCCAAAGAAGGCGAAGAAGCCGGCGGCAGCUGCGGGAGCUAAGAAAGUGUCCAAGAGCCCUAAGAAAGCCAAGGCUGCCAAGCCCAAGAAAGCGGCUAAGAGCCCGGCCAAGGCUGUGAAGCCUAAGGCCGCCAAGCCCAAGGUCGCCAAGCCUAAGAAGGCUGCCCCCAAAAAGAAGUAGAACGUCUGCCUCUUCAAAACCCCAAAAGGCUCUUUUCAGAGCCACCACUGAUCUCAAGAAGAGAGCUGCGCACUUUCUCCCUACCCUGUCCCGUUCUCCCCUUUAAUCUUUUUUUAAUGUGCUGUUUUUCCAGGAGUCACUGGAGAUUGCUGCUGACACCUCCUGGGAAAGGUGGCCGUUAGGGAAGGGGAGGCUGUGAGGUGACAGCCCUAACCAUCCCUGCGGCCGGUCCCCCUCCCAAGGGGCUUGGGGUCAGGGAGGCGGAGCGUCCCUACGGGCCCCGCCCCACCCCUGCAACAGGAAAGCAAUCACAAGUGAAACCAACCAGUUUUAGUCUCAAAGGAUGUAGCGAUUAGGCUGAAGUCUUUCAAAACUCCCGCCUGCUCGCGGGUUGGCGCACUCUUCCAGCCCAUGCUUUUCAUCAUGGAUUUUAUUGGACAGUGCACGGUUUGUUUGUUUCUGUUGGGUUGAGUUUGGGCUUUUAAAUUUGACGUAGAUGUGUCUGUUCUUUGGGACACUACCAUGUUUUCAAAAGUCUGGCGUGUGUCUGGGGGGCGUUGUUGGCAUCCAGCCCUGGGAGGUUGGUUCCAGGACCUUUGCACGAUCUCUUAAUUCCUGCCGGCCUGGCGGACAAGGAACUUGAAAAACGAGUCACCCAGGGCUCGGCUGCACCGGGAUCUUUCUGUCCCUCUUACCGUGUGACUUUGGACAUGGCUGUGAUGCGUCUGGGCGCAUCAAAAACAGCUUUCCGUCGCCAUUUUGUCCUGGCAGGGCGGUUCCCGGCCCUCACUUUCGAUAGACAUCAAAAAAUCGAAGAUGCUUUAAAAGUACUUGUGCGGUCCAAAUGUUUCUACCUGAGGAAGAAAAAUAUUGGUAAACUCUGGGAUCCGUGUUUAUGGGUCGGGGUGAUGUUGCUAGUAAAGGGCUUUAGUUUUCAUGGACAGUGUCAUCUGUGGGUUCUCAUAUUCACGGUGUUUCUCCUGUAGAGAAAGUCCAGGGUCCUGUUUUUAUUCUUUCGGACAAAUUAUUUUCUCAAGUCCUAGGGACAGAGUCUUUUGGGGGCCUGCCCCUCAGUUCUUCACCUUUUGCCCCAAGGAGAGAUCUGUUGUGUUAAUUGCUGCUGUGUUAGUGCUAGUCACCUCUGAGCUCAUCCCGCCCCGCCUGAUCCACCCCUCCCUAUUGGAUUGGGGUUGUGUAAUCUUCAUUUUCUUUAUAAUCAUAGAUAGAAAAACCAUCCUUUUUUUUGAGAGUAAACACAUACACGAAGGAGGAUAGUUCUCCCAUGGUUUCCAGUAAUUUUGUGUCGUUAAUUUUACAUUUCAAAGAAUUGAGCCUUCUGUAUUUUAGUGUAAGGUUAUGGAUAGGGAUAAUUUUCUGAUAUAUGGAUGUUUUUUCCCAAAGACCAUUUUCUGACUCUUCCAUUUCUGCUCCCCCUCCCCUCGCCAUCCUACCCCCCACUGGAGAUGCCACCUUUAUCAUAGGCCAAAUUCCAUGACAGUUCUUGGUCUUCUGUUUGUGUUCCUUUGACCUCGCCACUCCCAAGGUGAGAUGACACUGAUUUGUCACCUUCACAGAGCUGUCUUCAAUGCUGAAAGGAAUACAUAACUAACCCAUAGUAGGUACUCAAACAAUAAUUGCAUGGUAAAUAAAUGGAGAUGUUAUAAUGUGACUUUAAUAGCUGAUAGAGCUGGUUCUCUUUACUCUUCAUUUUCAAAAUUUCCUGGUUGUUGUAUUUUCAGCAUUACUCUUUUUCAGGAUGUUCGGGUUAUUCUGUUUUGUUUGAUUAUUUCAUUUUUCCAUGUGUACUUUAAGAUGCUCCCCCUCUGAUCCAGUCACUCCGUCAUUACACGUCAAAACCCCUCACCACCCUCUUCGUAGUUUCAUUGGGAUUGUGUUGUUUCUAUAAACACAUCUGGGGAGAUGAAUUUUCUAUUCAAGAACGUUUGAUAUUUUUCUACCUGUUCAAAUAUUUUGUACUUUUCUCCAAACAUCUCUUCACGUUUCGUUUCACCUUCUUUCCCAGAGCUGAUCUUUGUUGCUGUUGGAAACAGCAACCUGAUCUUUUCGAUUCUUUGAGGGCCGCACCCCGUAAAGUACACAAAGAAGGUGUCUAGUUCCUGAAAGAAUCUCUGUGUGAGCGAAUUAAUCCCCAGAACAAUGCUAUCUAUAGCCACAUAAACAAAGAGCAAAGAAACAGGUGGAAUCAAUUUUAAUAAUAUAAUUAUUUAACCCAGUAUGUCUGCAAUAUUAUCGUUUAACACACAACCAAUGUGAAACGAUGUAUAAGACAUUUCCCAGUCUUUUUUUGUUUGUUUGUUUGUUUCUCAUACUAUGUCUUUGGCAUCUCUGUAUUUUGCACACACAUCACAUGUCAGUUCCUACUAGCCCAUUUCAAGAGCUCUUGUUAAUCGUGUGUGGCUCAUGGCUGCAUACGGACAACGGAACUCUAGAACACCCUCUGGCCUCAAAUACCUGGUCUUCUCUAAUUUCAUUUUUGGUUUAAGGCUUGAAUGCCAGUGUGUUUUAAUGUAUACUGUCUUCUAUGGCCUAAAACAUUGGGAGGAACGGUGUCUGACUGUAAAGGAUAGUUGAUUGGUCCAGAGGUCACUGGGCCAAUUUGAAGGAAUCAAAACAUUUCUGUCCAAAACUGGAUUUGAGUUAUUGAAUCUGAGGGACAUGAUGUGAGGGGCUGGGAGCUGCUUUCUUGGAUGCUAUGUAGGAGAAACCAAGAGAUCUGGCGGAUAAAGACUGGUGUGAACAUACACGGAAGAAAUGCCCACACUGGUAGAGAAUUUUUAAAUACGUUUGAGCCAAACUGGUGACAUUGCUGGGGGUCAAGGUCUCCCAUGAUCCAGUGAAUGACAGUUGUGCAGUUUCUUCUGUGCAAUUUAAGUUGAGGGGAUGUUAGGAGGAUGACAUGGAAGCUGGAGAUUGCAAGGCAGAUACUGGAUUGCAGGGAAUUUACUAUGGGCUUUCUUGAGGGUGAUCACGCUUUAGGAGGAGUAGAAAAAGAGGCAUUGCAGGGGUGUGUGAGCCUAGAUGCACAGGGAUAGUGGAGAGGGCUGGCUUAAGGCCAAGUGAAGCUUUUACUAAAAACUCAGGGCCUGGGACCUGAGGACCCAUGGUGACCUGCCUACUUAGGGGUUGGUGGUCAGAUCACCCUGUGAGGUUACUUUCCAUAAAACCCCUUUUUUAACCCAUUGUUGAUUUCUUUUCCCGUCAUGUUAAUAUUUACUAUCUAAUUUUAUAUCUGUAAUUUUGUAUUGUAGUUUUUAAGAGUCACCAAGUUGUAUAAAAGCUUUAGGCCUCUAAAAACCUGGAUCUACUCCAUCAGUUGCAUUAU